AUGGUGCGUCAGAAGGGCAUGGUGCGGCAGUUUGCGCAGGCAGUUGGCGUGGGCAGGGCGCGUUCUCUCCUCCUCGCUCUGAGGGUCACUCGAUUAGCACCCAUAGACAUUCCAGGAGAGGAGCAAGCAAUGGUUUCCACUCGUCUGAAAGCCGUUGCCAGAAAGAAUGUAGCAACCCAAACGGAGUCCCCACCUAAACAGAAACAUGCGGCUGUCCAGGUCGUUGGCCACAGGGAGUGCCUGAGCCUGUCGGCUGUACCAGAGAACGGUAAGGACAGUGGCUGUCUCAAGUGUGAGCAGCUGGAUGAUCUGCUCUGCCUGGUGGCAGAGCUGAAAGAGGAGGUGGAAAAGGGAGUGAGAUGGGAGAUCACUAAGAGGGGAUCUAAGAGGAUCACUAAGAGGGAGCCUCACUGGGUCCUUCGCAGCCUUCUUGGGCUUCGUGCUCAGGGGACCAUCCUGGGCUCAGUGUUGCCCAAGGGGAGGAGGGCGCGUGGCCAGGGCCGCAGGGCUGGGGGGGGGAAGCUGGACUGCUGGGGCAGGCAGGCCAGCAGGACCUGUGACGGGGGCUGUGUGUGCCGAGGGCUCACAGGGCUGCGGCUGAGGGACGAGCUCCAAGAGAAGUUCCAGGUCAUCUACAAGGCCCUUCAAGACACGAGGAAUGACAGCAGCCCCUCCAUCUCUACCCUGGCGACAGAAACCCUGCUGAUGCUGGACUCUGCGGCGGAAAAGCCCCCCUCCAGAUUCUCCCAACACACGCUGUGCUACCGGCUCCGGAGGGCGUGGAGGAGGAGGAAGACCCCUGCCCUGUGAGACCGCUGGCUGUGCUGCUGGAGCUGCGUGCCAGAGUGAACCCAGGGUGCUCUGCACGCAGGCACCACCUGAGCAGGGGGACCAGCAGCCCGGGCUGUGCAGGACACCCCGCACCCCGCCUUGUGGCCCCGAGGCCCCAGCCGCUCUGCCGGGCCGC